ACUCCCUGCAGUGGCGUUAGCGAUAGCGGGACCCGUCCUUCAGCCUCGGACUACUGGCGGGUUCUUGCCUGGUGUUAGCCAAGUGCUAGUGGAGACACAGUUGUGGUGAGACUCUAAUCUGCAGCGACUCCAACCUUGCCGGGGAAGUCAUGUCGGAGCAGCAGCGGCAGGGCGCCGAGCGCGACCUCUACCGGGACACGUGGGUGCGCUACCUGGGCUACGCCAAUGAGGUGGGGGAGGCUUUCCGCUCGCUGGUUCCUGCAGCUGUGGUGUGGUUGAGCUAUGGUGUGUCCAGCUCCUAUGUCCUGGCCGAUGCCAUAGACAAAGGCAAGAAGGCAGGAGAGGUGCCAAGCCCUGAAGCAGGCCGCAACACCAGAAUGGCCCUGGCUGUGGUCGACACCUUUGUGUGGCAGUCUCUGGCCUCUGUGGCUAUCCCAGGCUUCACCAUCAACCGUCUGUGUGCUGCCUCUCUCUAUGUCUUGGGUACUAUGACCCACUGGCCCCCGACUGUCCGCAAAUGGACCACCACCACACUUGGACUGCUGGCCAUCCCCGUCAUAAUCCACCCCAUCGACAGGUCAGUGGACUUCCUCCUGGACUCUAGCCUGCGCAAGCUGUACCCGUCAGUGGAGAAGCCCAGCACCCCCUGACCCUGCCCUGUGCCUUGCCUGGGGUCGGCCCACUCACAUCAAAGAAUGUGGAUACGUGGCUGUUUGGGGUCCAUGGCACUGCCAUCUGGGUGGGUUCACAUUGAUGGGAGCUUAGAGAUGAAGGCCCCGAGGAGUAGUGGCAGUGAGUUCUGAGGUGGGACCCAAUUCUGUCUGCCUCAGUGGCCACGGUUGUGCUGAGUGGGAACGAACUCUGGCUGGGCCUGUCUUUUGAAAUCUUUUUUUAAAAGUAUUUAUUUUAUGUGUAUAAGUGUUUUACUUGCAUGUCUGUAUGUAUGUGCAGAACCCUUAGAGGUUAAAAGAGGUGAUUAGACCCCUCUGGGACUGGAGUUAGGGAUGCUUGUGAACCCCCAUGCGGGUGCUGAGAACUGAAUCUGGUUCUUCUGCAAGAGCAGCAAGUGCUCUGUUCACUAAAGUUCCUCUUAGCCCCGGGCCCACCUUCUGAUGGAAAAGUUAGUUCCUCCCAUGGAAGAGAAGAAUACUAAGGCCCAGAGAGGGCAGGGAAUACUGAGAUCAUGUGACAAGUGAGAGCCAGUCUUCUGGCUAUUCUAAGUCACUUUGUGGUAGUGUGGCUGAGCGACUUAGGGAAAGAUACAGAGGUACAGUAUUUGGGACACUCAGGGCAGAGUCUCUGGCCAGCCUGUUCCUGUUGCAGGAGCUGCUGGGCCUGGUGAGAGGCAGGACAAUCACAACCCAAGUGCUAACCUAAUAAAACUUUCAAAAAUGGC